GAACUAGUCUUCGGGGCACGCCUCUCGAGCAGCACCGCCAUGAUCGGUGACUGUGAAGAUGGACAUGUUCCCCUCGCCAGCGGGCACUACGGAAAGCAGCUCGUUCAGGCAUAUCAAGCCUGCCAGGAUGGCGGAGCGCUUCCUUCCAAACGGCCCGCGAAUCAGCAGCGAUGGGCAGAAGUUACGUUUUUCCAGUUCGCAUACUCGAUGGUCAAUACAGGAAUGGGCUUGUGCAUAUUGCCACAAGAGGCAGAUCGCCUUAACGAAGGGGCUGGGAGCCUAUGGGUGGGCAUUUAUCUAGGUGUCUGUGGCGCUGCGCAGCUCGUGUGCCCACUUGCCGGCAAGCUAUCUGACAGACAUGCAAGUAGCUUUGGGCGGCGCCGCCCUUUUAUCGUCGCCGGCAGCGUCUUGUCCAUCAUCGGGCUGGUCUUCCUGAGACAGGCCAGUAUCUCCGGCUGGCCCCUCACGUACCUUGUAGCACUGCUUGUGGCGCAGGUGUCCUUGAAUCUCGGCUUCUCAGCGCACAACGGCCUGCCAGCAGACUUGUAUUGCGAGAAGGGGGGGAGCCCGAAGGAUACCCAAGAAAAAGAUGCAGCGGGAGUUGUGAGCGCUUUCGUGGCGAUGCACACUUUUCUGGGAUCCUUGUCGGCGGUGCUUGUCAUCAUCGCCACCCAUGAGAUGGCCGUGCACGUGCAGUACACUUGCUUCAUGUUCGUUCUGGCAAUCACCUGCGCGAUCGUUUGCAACUCUGCAGACGAGGAGGACACCCGCCACCUCGAGAACUCGGAUCCGAUCACUACAGCCGAGGUCUGCGGCAGCUUCAUGCUGGACCCGAGCGGUGACCAGGACUUUCUUUGGGUUUGUGUUGGACGACUUUUCUACUACGUUUCUACGUCUGUGACUGUGUUCUUGUACUACUACAUCCGGGACACAUUGCAAAUUACGAACGAGGGGGAGCUCCGCGUGAAGCUGGCCAGCUUGGUGAUCGCCGCACAGGUGGUGGGUGCCUUGGUCUCGGUACCAGCCGGAAGAUCUUCGAACACUUUUGGAAGGAAGCCCGUGAUCUACGCGGCCUGCAGCAUCAUGUCUCUCACCUUCCUGAUGUACGUGUGGGUGCCGCUGCUUGCGCGCGACGUCCGAUGGCACCUCAUUCUGGCUGCCGGCCUCUGCUAUGGCCUCGGCAGUGGCGUCUACGUCAGCGUCGACUAUGCCCUUGCCUUGGACUGCUUGCCGGAAGGGAAGUCUACUGCAGAGGCCUUCGGCCUCUGGGGCAUCUCAGGGUUUUUCGGCUCCACUGCUGGGCCAAUCAUCGGUGGGCUCCUGCUCGCUGUCAACCAAGCCGGUAACUCCGCUGACAUGUCGAGCAAGGUUUCGCACUACACAUAUGGUGGCUAUGCGAUCGUCAUGCUGCUGCUGGGAGUCUCCAUGAACCUCUUCGUCGUCGCGGCCACCUAUGCAAUCCGUGGCACAAAAUGA